CAACUGAUAAAUUCACCUCACCAGACAACAGUUUAAGCCUGAGUAUCACUCACCUAAACCAGCUCUGUCUUGUACCCACACAUCUUCAUCAAAACAAGAUGAAGAAAUUAUUUUUGUUGCUUCUCUUCUGUCACGUUUCAUCACCAGUGAAACACACCCUGAAAGUUCUUUUAACUUGGUCUUCUGGAGUCACAAACUUCCCAGAGUUUGUUGGAACUCUGAUGAAGGAUGAAAAUGUGGCGAUGACCUGUGACACCAACAGAGAGAUGACAGAACUAAAACAGGACUGGAUAACAAAAAUAUUGCUUGUCCAAAAGAUAGAGCCAAAACAGGACUGGAUAAAAAAAGUAUUUAAAGACGAUCCUGAUCACUUUCCGUGGUACGUUCAAAGGUGUUUUGAGGUUCUGCCAGACUUCAAAUACAUGAUUUUUCGGUUGAAAAUGGCCUUAAACCAAAGUGAAGGUGUCCACACUUUACAGAUGAUGAGUGGCUGUGAGUUGGAUGACGAGACUCAAGAUAUUAGCGGCUUUUUGCGGUAUGGUUAUGAUGGAGAAGACUUAGUGUCAUUUGACCUGAAGACAUUGACAUGGAUCACCGCAAAACAGAGUUUGGAUUUUAAUGGAUACGAAUUUGAAUAUUUUGUGUCAUUUGUCACAAAGAUCUGUCAUAACUUUCUGAAGAUCUACGUGACCUAUAGCAAGAGCUCUCUGCUGAGAACAGUGCUUCCCUCGGUGUCUCUCUUCCAGAAGACCCCCUCCUCUCCAGUCACCUGCCAUGCUACAGGUUUCUACCCUAACCGAGCCAUGAUAUUCUGGAGGAAAGAUGGAGAGGAGAUUCAUGAGGACGUGGAGCACGGAGACAUCCUCCCCAACCAUGAUGGAACCUUCCAGAUGAGGGUUGGCCUGAACCUUUCAUCAGUCACACCUGAAGACUGGAGGAGGUACGACUGUGUGUUUCAUCUUUCUGGUGUAAAGGACGACAUCGUCACCAGACUGGACAAAGCAGAGAUCAGGACCAACUGGGAGAAGCCAAGUCACAUGACCAUCCCCAUCACUGUUGCAAUGGUUGUUCUUGCUCUUGCUCUCAUCGCUGUCACUGGAUUCAUCAUUUACAAGAAGAAAAAAGCCUCAAGUCCUCCAUCUUCUUUUGACAACAACGCUGAGUUCUUUGAAGAACUGAAUCCAGAAACCUGAAUGAGUUUCCUCAUGUGUCACAUUAUGUAGCUCUACAGAACUACAAAAAAAGAUGGCUCCCUGCAACAAAAGUGAAGAAGUUAUAAAUGAUGUGCUUAUGUGUUUUUCAAAUGUGUCUGUUUAUAUAUACUUCAUGAAUAUUCAUUGUACAUUAGUGUCUGAAUACAGUUCUUUAAAUCGCCUCUUGUGAGGGAUCAUUGAAACUAUUUUCUUUUGUCUGUCUGUGUUGACUCUGCUCUGACGGAUAUUUUCAUUUUACGAAUUCUGCACUCAGCGUUGCUGCUUCUUCUUUUAGGUUUCCCUUAGUUCUUUACUUUUUCUCAAAGUGUUCUUUCACAUAAUGGUAUGAUCCUAGUCUGUCCUCGCAUGUGAUUGGUCACACUGUGUGCCCAUCAAAAUACAGUUUCCUGCCUACAUGGAUUAUCAGCAGAGCUGAGCAGGUGUGGCUGAAGACUUGGCUCUCCCCGACGGGACUCAUU